AUGGCGUUCGUCCGCUGUAGGCGAGAUCUCUGCGGCGUUAUCUGUCUGAUUCUGACGUACUUCAGCGUGUUUUACGCGGACUACGUGGUCAUUCAGUAUGUCCUCCUCCCCGCCUUCUCGGACAGCGUGUGGAGCAGUCUGCACGGCGCCGUGUUCAACCUCGUCCUGACGCUGCUGCUGGCCUGCCACGCCAGAGCCGCGCUCGCAGACCCCGGCAUGGUGCCUCUCCCUGAGACCGCCAUGGACUUCUCAGAUCUUCGCUCCCAGUCGAGUCGGAUGAACGAGCGUGGCUGUGAAGGCUGGUCCGUGUGCAGCCACUGUGAGACCUACAGACCUCCCAGAGCGCACCACUGCCAGGUCUGCCAGAGGUGCAUCCGGCGCAUGGACCACCACUGCCCCUGGAUCAAUAACUGUGUCGGGGAGCUCAACCAGAAAUAUUUCAUCCAGUUUCUCUUCUACAGCGGCGUGGCCAGCCUGUACUCCAUGGUGCUGGUGGUGUCGGCGUGGGUUUGGCGCAUCAGGAACGAGAGAGAAGGCGACGCGGACAAAGAGGCGGAGGAGACGCCCGGCAAGCACCUCGUCGUCGCCCACUACAUCAUCCUGCUGGUGGAGUCGGUGCUGUUUGGUGUGUUCGUCAUGGUGAUCUUCUACGACCAGCUGGUUUCCAUAAUCACAGACGAGACUCCCAUCGAGCAGAUGAAGAACAGACUGAUGAUGAAGGAGCGAGGCUCUUCGUCUUCAUCAUCCACCCCCUCCUCCCCGCAACCCCCCACACACACCCGCAAGCCCAAGCUCGCCCUGCUGCGGGAGGUCUUUGGAAGAGGUUCGGUCCUCUGCUGGCUGCUUCCCCUCCACUCCAGCCCUCCGUCGGUUGGGGGCAUCACCUACUCCGCCCUGCCCGACUACGACGUCUAAUGUGCGUGUGUGUGUGUGUGUGUGUGUGAAUGUGGUACUUCACCCCCCCGGGGACCUCCAAUGGGUUCUCCGAGCCGAUAACGUGACGUCGGAAGUCUCCUUAAAUCUUCUCCUUUGGGCCGAAAGCCUCCGAAGUUACAUUUACGGGUGUAAACAAGUACGAGAAACGGGGUUUCCAGGCCACGUUUGAAGGACUUCUGGUCAGUAUUCACGAAGCGCGAGAACACAAACUUCCCGUUGUCCUCCAACGAGCGUCAGCUGAAGGAGGUCAGGGGGUUCCACUUCCUGUUUCGUCAAAGUGUUCCUCCCCCUGAACCUCUAGAUGCGUCUGGAGGGGUUCUGUGUUUUCUGAAGGUUACUGUAUUUUCUAUUAUUUAUUUAUUAGUGUUCUCAAAUCAACCACUUGGAGUAUACCUUCCCAGAGAUAAGAGUUCCCCCCGAGGUUCUCAAAGGUUCUGUUCUACCACAAGGGUUCCAUUAAGAACCCCUUUCCCCCAAAGAACCGCUUUUGGGAGUAGGAGAACCCGUAGAUCGUUGUGGGAUGAGCUGCCCCACAUCGGCCUCGCCCCCUGAGGGCGGAGCUCAAGUUCCCCUGAAAGGGUUCUCCGUAGAACCCCCUUGGUGGGUUUUAGACGAACCCCUUGGAUGAUAAAAGGGUUCUCAAUAGAACCCCCUUGGUGGGUUUUAGAUGAACCUCUUUGAAUAUUAAAGGGUUCUCAAUAGAACCCCGUUGGUGGGUUUUAGAUGAACCUCUUUGAAUAUUAAAGGGUUCUCAAUAGAACCCCCUUGGUGGGUUUUAGACGAACCCCUUGGACUAUUAAAGGGUUCUCAAUAGAACCCCCUUGGUGGGUUUGAAUAUUAAAGGGUUCUCAAUAGAACCCCCUUGGUGGGUUUGAAUAUUAAAGGGUUCUCCGUAGAACCCCCUGGGUGGGUUCUCGUUUACACGCUCGGAGGGUUCCCUGUAGAACCUUUCAUACCGGGUUUCCCUUGGAACCUUUCACAGAUGUUCGGUUCUAAGUAGAAAACUAUGAAAGCGUUCCAGGUGGAACCUGGAAUAUAAAAGGUUCUCCUGCGGGGCAGAGCUGCAGAACCCUCUGACGUUCUAGUUCUUCAUUUUUACAGAUAUUUAUAUGAUCAACGAACACGUCAUUUUGUAAGUGCGGGGAAACUGAACGAGCUCCUUCACUUCCUGUGACCUAACAACAACAAACUGGGACAAUAACAACAAUAAUAGAAACAAAAACGAUGUGUUCAGGGUCUAUAAGCAAACCGGGGGAAAAAGACUGACCUCAAAGAGAUUCUUUUUUGUGUUUGUUUAGUUUGUUUCCUCAUUCCUGUGUUUAUUUUGAAGUACAACAAAGUGUCAUGUGUUCCACUUGUACGCACACACGCACACACACACACACACACACACUCAGAGUGCUCUUCUCAGUGUUCUGCUAAAUCUCAGUGAAGGGACGAUUUUUAACUUAUUGAUUGACUAUUCCGUAGACAUAUCUCCACCAAUAACUGUGUUGUUGUUGUUGUUGUUUUGUGAUCAUGAAACACUGAGGAGGCUUUUAUGUGUGUAAAUAGUUAUUGUGACUUCAUUUUUAACAAAGUAUUCACAAAUGUUCCUCAGAUGCUACGAAAAACCAGAACAACUGCCAGUUGGUGUCUCUCUCUCUCUCUCUCUCUCUCUCUCUUGACUUUAGAUCACAUGACCGGGUCUGCCUUCUUUUUCUUUUUUCUAAUUGUAUAAUUUACUGAAGUUACUGAGAAAUCUCAUUUGAGUCUCUUAACGAGCUGAAACCUCUCGGAGAGACGCUAGCCGCGGUCUCAAGUGUUGACGGUUUAAAUGUAGCCGCAACUUAGCUUAGCAUCGAGACCGGAAGGCUAAGGGAUGGACGGCUACCAGCCCAAUUCAAAACAACUCGCGCAGAGCAGCUAAAUAACCUUUAGCAUUACAACAUUACGUUAGCAUGAAACCAACCAAUGGGGUGCCACCAUUCUCCCAGCUUCCUGUUCCCUUCUUGAGAGCUGGGAGGCUCUGAUUGGCUCGUAUUGUUGCCCCUUUGCAGGAUCAUGGAAAACCUGGAAACGUCAUGGAAUUAAAAAAAUUGUUAUUUCCUGGAAAAGUCCUUUAAAAAAUAAAUGUAAUCCCAAAAGUUUUGGAAAAGUCCUUUUAAUUUGUUAUAUUCAUACGGUUUGAUUAAAAGAAUAAACAUUUAUGUAAAUAUUUAUCCUUUUACUCAUUCAUUUGUGUCAUUUAAGCUGUAAACUCAUGUAGACACGGAGAUUUCCCAACAUGUUUGGCUAUAGUGGCAUGUAAUUGUCAGAUUUUUUUAUUUAUUUGUAAGCUAUUCCCCCCCCCACAAAAUAAAUAUAUAAACCAAAGAAAGAAUAUACAAAUAUUUGAAAUACUGUUUAAAUAAUAAACAUUAAGUUUGAAUUUCUUCAGCUGGUAAAAACUGUGUUUUAUAUGGCUCGUCCUAAAGAAAAUUAUUUCGUUUCACGCCCGUCAAACCAACAAAGAGUUUUUAUCGUGUGUUUACAGAUGUUUUAUUUAUUGUGAUCCCCAAUGUCUCGCUGCUCCUUCAACUGGAAGUAAAACGGAUCUUUUGAACUUCA